CCUGCGAGGACGAGGCCGCGAGAGGGGUCGCCUGCAGAGAUGAGUGUCGGCCGGUGGACGGGGCGGAAAGGCCGGGAUGGGAAGGAGGCCGAGGCACCUGAGUGCCAGCUUCUCAAAGUAAAAGGGGGCCGUUGGCGUCUGGUUGUCGUAGCAACGGGGUUCCUUGGGUGACAGGAGUCUCACUGAGAAGCACCCCCUGAGUCAGGCCUCAUGGCCUCCGGAGACCAAGAUGGGGGGUCCUCCCCGGGCUCUCCAUGGGCCGCCAUCCUUGAGGCUGUCCGGGAGCAGCUCCCGUCUCUGGACUCGGAUUCCUCCCUGUCAGACUGCGGGGAGGAGGAGCUAUUCAUCUUCCAGCGGAAUGACACUGCGCUGAUUCCAGACUUGUCAGAGGAGCUGGCUGAAGACCCCACCGAGGCCUGGUCAGCUCUGGACAACGGAUUUCCUCUCGAGCCUGCAGAGGCUGCCCCUGAGCCCUGGAGCGAGAGGACCGCAAGGGCAGAGGACCUGGCCCCUCCGGGAGGAGAGGAUACGAGCCGGCCUUUGGGGAGCAGUGCGCCCAAGGGGACUCCCAGGUGGCAGGAAGGUGACCUCAGGAGCAUGUCUUUCAACACGGGAGCAUCUCAGAGCGCCCCCUGCGGGCCACAGGGAGAAGCCUCCCUCUCUUCUGGGGAGGGAGAGCAGAAGACAGAGUCCCCCGAUGCUGCCUCCCCCGUCUGCCAGGCCUCAGACCCUGCUCGGCGCAGAGCCCUCCGCAGGGAAAGGAGGCAGAUGAUUGAGAAAGACAUACUGCACAGAGUCACCUGGGGUGCCGAGGAGCCAGCCCGCAGCGACCCCGGUGAAGCUGCAGCCUCAGGUCGGAGGCCGGCAGCAGCAGCCGAGGAGCCCCAGGAAGGACCGCUGGUGCUCUCCCUCCAGCAAUUUGAAGACAGGGAUUUGGACCUCCUCCUUCAGAGUCUCCGAGGACUGGGAGAUCGCCCACCUGGAGCCGCAUGGUGGGCGGCUGACUACCGCCAGCUCUCAGACCACGCCGAGCCCAGCACCCAGGACCUCCUCAUGGAGCAGCUGGCCCUCCUCUGUGCUUCCCAGUCCAGAGCCUCUUCCUCUUCCUCAAAGGUGCCCGACGCCCUGACGGACACCUGGCCUCAGAAGGCUGGAAGCAGCUGUGCCUCGUGGCAGCGGGGAUCCGUGGGCACCCACAGCCUGAGGCAGCGGAGCUGGGAGGCACAGCCUUCCACCAUCUUCAUCGAUCUGCGGCCGAAGGAUCCAUCCCCAGACCGAGGACUGGAGGACAGCUCCAGCCGCAGCCCCAGUUCCAGCUCCUCUGAGGAGGAGGAGGAGGAGAGAGCAGCACCAGAGGGGCAGGAGUCUCACUCCUCCUGGAGGCCAAGGGACCAUACUGGCAAGAGUCAGCUCCUCCAGCAGCUCAGGGCAUUCCGGCAGGGGGCGGCUCGGGCUGAGCUGCCUGAUCGUGAAGGUCCCAGUGGCCAGAGGGCUCAGGCCCCUGAAGACAGGGCCGGCUCCGCAACACAGCGGAAGCAGCACGUGGCAGUGUGACAGAGUCACGGGAGGAGGCCCUGGGGCGCCUCUGGGGCCUGGGACAGCGUGACAGGCUGUGGUGUCACCUCAGGACCAACUGAGAUGCCCCUGGAAACAACUGGAGGUUAGUGGGGCGAGGUGGCCUCACAGGCAUGCCAGCCUGAGCCCCCGUCCUCCCGUCUUCACCAGGUGCCUUUGCUGCAGAGACCCACAGACCCGGCACCCAGCCAAAACACCGUUUAAGUGAAACAUGAUUAAAGCAGUUCAAGGUUGAAAAGGUA